AUGGCAGCCACCAACUUCGUGCAGGAGAUGCGCUCUGUGGGCGAGAGGCUGCUGCUCAAGCUACAGAGGCUGCCCCAGGCCGACCCCGUGGAGAUCGUGGCCUUCUCGGUCAUCCUGCUUUUCACAGCCACUGUUCUGAUGCUGCUGCUGAUAGCCUGCAGCUGCUGCUGCACUCACUGCUGCUGCCCAGAGCGGAGGGGCCGGAAGGUCCAAGUGCAGCCCAUGACCCCAGCAUGAGGGCCAGGGUGACGGCUGAGGAGCUGGAGAGGAGUCUGCCAACGCCAUGACACAGGCGAUCCGCCUGGCCCUGCAGCCCUUGCCCCUCAAGACAAGGACCCCCUGGCCCAGCCCUGGCCCCGCCCAGGCACCUGGACACUGACCCCUGGAGGCUUAUCAAGGAAACAAGGGCUGGUACAGGCACAGAACUGUCCACCAGUGGACGCUGGGUGCCGAGGAGGCAUCGACAGUUCCGAAGACUGAGUAAACUACCUGGGAUUCUUUGUCGACCUGCAUUUUUUAAGGAAGCAGGGGUCCCCAUACCUCAGUGAAGAAUGGCGCACUCCUGUGGCGAGCUAGCCACACUGAGAAGGAGCAAGUCCAUCAGGGGACACUGUGCAAGAGCUAUUGCAUCACGAGCUCCCGGGACCUGUCAGUAUUCUAGUCUGGUAUCGGCCUGUUUACUUCCAAGUAAAAGCUCUUUGCUUA